CUCGAGACUUUUGGAAUGGCGCCUCCUUCCUCGAUCAACACGACACACACACACUUCUGCUAUAACACACUCCACUCUACCUACACACCUUCCCUUCGCAUGUAACACACACACACACUCGACAGUCAACACUCUCUCUUCCACACCAACAACAAUAACAAUGACGACCAUCAACCACCACCCGCCAGCCUCGGCGCGACUGGCUUCAACUUCGACCACACCAAAAGCAAAGUCAAGCCGCCGCUCCCAAUCAGUCCAAUACACAACCAUGGCACUCAAAAAGUGGACAGAUACUCCAUCUGCAGAGGAAGACGGCCCGAGUUCAAUCACCUCGCCAGCAGCAUGGCGCACUCACAACCGCGGCGCCAGCUCGGGCGACAACAGCGGCUGGUUCGGUCUCAGCGAGCUGUCACCACCCGGAACUCCGUCCGACACGGGAAUUCUGCACCGAAAGUUGAAGGAAAAGGAGGCCGAGAUCAUCAGGCUCGGUAACGAGGUUUCAAAGCUACGCGAGGAACUUUCAGUUCGCCCGACGCAGGAGGACCUCGACAGUGUGCGGAACGAGUGGCAGACGUCUGAAGAGCUGUUCUCCCAGUCCCAGCGUGACAAUGAACAGAAGCACAUGACGAUCGAGAACCAGAGACAGUACAUUAGAGUGGGUACCCGCUUCACGUUUGGGCUCACCCACCAAAACCUCGAACACAAGCUCGAAGAGACGCUGGGAGAAAGUUGGAAGGAGUUCAUCACUCCUUCGCCACUGAGUCGCUCCACCUCGUUCAACGCGUCAACGCCAGUCGGUAAGAGCGCCCCACAUCGCUCCUCCGUGUCAUUCAAGCGCGCCUCACGCGCCCGCCCAAUGUCGUCGAUCGAGCUGGGGCGAGGCCUCUCAGAGCUCGCAUCUCUUCCUGAACCAGAGGUGUCUACGCCAGCUUCAGCACUACGAAAGCUCGAAGGAACGCGGGAGUCGACCGAAUCUGGCGCCGAUUCGCCAGUUUCCAGCCUUUCAGAAGUGACCAAGCACCCCGACUACUUCCACCUCGGGGUAACGCGUCCAUCACCACAGCAGAUAGUACACGGGUUUGGUCAGACGCCAGUCACAGAGAGGAAGCAGCAGGCAGAAUUCUGGCUCGCUCAGUUCCGCCGCAUCCUGGAGCAGAUGUCGGCGCUGGCCGCGCUCGUCAAGGCUCUACCGGGUAGUGUCGCCGAGCAGAUCGAGGCUGCCACCGAGAGAGGACGAGAGAGAGCCGAGGAAGCCAACCUCAAGGUCGAGGUACACAAGCAAGUGAUUCUCGAGCUGCUCGACGCCGCCGAGCAGCGAUCCGAGCUGCGCGAGCUUCGUCUACAGGGGAUUCUCGCAGAGGCCAAGGCGUGCAGCGGCCAGAUGGAGUGGUGAAGUGUGUGUGUGACGAGAAGAAGCAGCCCUAGACCGUAUCAAGCAGAUGCCCAUAGAAUGCGC